AUGCCAGGCCGACCGCUAUCGCGAAUUCAAUGCACGAAGAUCCGCAAAUGCGUCGAAGGACAGUACAACAAGGCGUACGUCUUGACCAUGAGCAACGGCGACGAGGUGGUUGCUCGACUGCCCAAUCCCAACGCUGGGCCAGAGUUCUAUACGACCGCUUCGGAGGUAGCGACUCGCGACUUUGUCCGCGGUAUCUUGAAGAUCCCCGUUCCAAGGAUCCUUGCAUCAUCGUCGGACGCAACAAACGCCGUCGGCGCUGAAUAUAUCAUUGAGGAAAAGGCUCCCGGUCGACCUCUCGGGGACAUUUGGGCGCAGAUGCCAACUCCAGCACGGCUGGGGAUUAUAGACCAGCUCGUUGACGUGGAGAAGAAGCUUGCGUCGGUGUCUUUCCCAAAACACGGUUGCAUUUACUACGCGUCUGAUCUGGAAACAAGGCCUUCGUCAGCGUCUGAAAUGGACAGUGUCGAGCCCUUCCCAGGCUUUGCGAUUGGACCGUCGAACGAUCGAAAGUUAUGGCAGAGUGGACGAGAUCAAAUGCGUCUCGGAAGAGGCCCUUGUGAGACACACAUAAUCCUUCUUAUUGCCCACCUAACAUCUCCAGGGACAAGCCUGCUCGAAUACGCGGUAGCAAUCGGUGAAAAUGAGCUUCAAUGGGCCGAGGCUCACGCAGCACCCAGAAUCAACCCCCACCGGUCAAUGGAGGAGCCAGAAACCCCAGCGCAAUACAUCCAUCUCCUCCAGCAGUACCUCAAGAUAGUGCCCUACCUCGUAUCCGGCCUACACGAUUCAAGCUCGAGAAACACGCUGUUUCAUCCAGACCUGCAUCUCGAUAAUAUCUUCAUCGACCCGGCAACAAACAAGAUCACGAGCAUUAUAGACUGGCAAUCCGCCGCAACAACGCCAUUUCCCCUUCAACCCUCUCAUCCGCAAAUGCUCGAACUCUCAGUAAACCCUUCAAGCGACGAGCAGCGGAAGCAGGAGAAGGAGCUUCUUGAAUACUACUACGCGAAGACGAACGCCGCCGGCCUGCACCGCGCUCCAUCCGGUGAUCCGUCCCUACGCGUCCGUCUCAACCCUCUAACCCAUAUAACCGGAUGCUGGGAACGCCAUGACACAUUUUCCCUGCGCCAAUCCCUCAUCAGCGUCGUCGCGCACUGGGAUACCCUCUACCCCGACGGCACCAUACCGUGCCCGAUCACCUUCACCCGCGGCGACCUGCAAGCGCACAAGCUCGAGAGCGAGCUGAUUUCCGGACUCGCAGGUAUUAUACGCCAGUUGGACGAGCACAUACCGAUGGGCGGCAUGGUCCGGGCGGCGCAGUACGAGAGUGCACGGGCGGUUAGCGAGUUCUUCAAAAAGGAGUUUGUGGAGCUGGGCGAGGAUGAAGAGAAGAGGAAGCUGCAUGAGGCGGUUUGGCCUUAUUAA